GUAUGGAAACGGGUGGGCCUGUUGUCAUGGGGGAGGCGGUGGCGCUUGGUGGCUACUGGCGGCGGAGGAAGAGGCAGGCGGCGGCACUGGAGUUGGACUCGGGCGGCGGCAGGUUGUAUAAGUUAAAAUGAAUAAAUUGCGGCAAAGUUUUAGGAGAAAGAAAGAUGUCUAUGUUCCUGAGGCCAGUCGUCCACAUCAGUGGCAAACAGAUGAAGAGGGUGUUCGUACUGGAAAGUGUAGUUUUCCAGUUAAGUACCUAGGCCAUGUAGAAGUUGAUGAAUCAAGAGGAAUGCACAUUUGUGAAGAUGCUGUAAAGAGAUUGAAAGCUGAAAGGAAGUUCUUCAAAGGCUUCUUUGGAAAAACUGGAAAAAAGGCCGUGAAAGCAGUCCUGUGGGUUUCAGCAGAUGGACUCCGAGUUGUGGAUGAAAAAACUAAGGACCUCAUAGUUGACCAGACAAUAGAGAAAGUUUCUUUCUGUGCCCCAGACAGGAACUUUGACAGGGCUUUCUCUUAUAUUUGUCGUGAUGGCACAACACGACGUUGGAUUUGCCAUUGCUUCAUGGCUGUUAAAGACACGGGAGAAAGAUUGAGUCAUGCAGUGGGUUGUGCUUUUGCAGCCUGCCUGGAACGGAAGCAGAAACGGGAGAAGGAGUGUGGUGUGACAGCCACUUUUGAUGCCAGCAGGACCACAUUUACCAGAGAAGGCUCUUUCCGUGUCACCACGGCUACUGAGCAAGCAGAAAGAGAGGAGAUCAUGAGGCAGAUCCAGGACACAAAGAAAGCUGAAACAGAUGUGAAGACUUCGGUGGCUUCAUCAACACUCAACAACUCUGUCCCAUCCCCAUCUUCUCCUACCUCCCCAACUACUGAUACCACUGCCUCCCUUGAGAUGAAUAAUCCCCAUGCUAUCCCUCGACGUCAUGCACCAAUUGAACAGCUUGCCAGACAAGGUUCAUUCCGAGGCUUUCCUGCCCUUAGUCAGAAGAUGUCACCUUUCAAACGGCAGCUGUCCCUGCGCAUCAAUGAGUUGCCUUCCACUAUGCAAAGGAAGACUGAUUUCCCCAUCAAAAAUGCAGUGCCAGAAGUAGAAGGGGAAGCAGAGAGCAUCAGUUCCUUGUGCUCACAGAUCACUAAUGCCUUCAGCACACCCGAAGACCCUUUCUCAUCUGCCCCCAUGACCAAACCAGUGACAGUGGUGGCGCCCCAGUCCCCUGCCUUUCAAGCUAAUGGCAUUGACCCUGCCUUCCAUGUGUUUGCUGCUAAGCCAGCCCAAACUGCUCUAGCACCCACAGCAUUACCUGUUCGUGAAACCAACCCUUGGGCCCAUGCCCCUCCUGCUGCUAACAAGGAAGUUGCAGCUACACAUCCGGGCACAGAGUGGGGCCCUUCAUCUGGAGCGGCCUCGCCAGGGAUCUUCCAAGCCGGUCAUCGGCGCACACCUUCAGAAGCUGACCGAUGGUUGGAUGAGGUGUCCAAGACGGUGCGAGCCCAGCAGCCCCAGGCGCCAGCCGCCCCCCUGCAGCCGCCUCUCUCCCAGGCUCCCGCCUUCCAGGGAAGUGCUUUCGCUGGCUCUCCGCCCGUGCCAGUGGGCGUGGUGCCUCCCAUGCAGCCGGCCUUCGUCCCUGCCCAGACCUACCCUGUAGCCAACGGGAUGUCCUACCCCUCCUCAAGCGUGCCUGUGGUCGGCAUCACACCCUCACAGAUGGUGGCCCACGUGUUCGGCACCGCGGGCCACACUCAGGCGAGUCUCCCCCACCAGUCGCCUGGCUUGGCCAAGCAGCAGACAUUCCCUCAGUAUGAGCUGAGCAGCGCUGCAGCCAGCCCUUUCUUCAAGGCCUCUGCCCAGCACCUCAACGGCUCUGCUGCUUUCAAUGGGGUAGACAGUAGCAAGUUGGCCUCAGGGGACAAGCCCUUGGAAGCUUCUGCUCCCACUGACCCUGUGGAUCCUUUUGAAGCUCAGUGGGCUGCAUUAGAAGGCAAGUCCAAACAACGCACUAACCCAUCACCAACUAAUCCUUUCUCCAGUGACUUACAGAAGACAUUUGAGAUUGAACUUUAAGCAGUCCUUUUGGCUCGUGCGUACGGUCUGUCUUUUAGGUGAGGGAAGCGGGUUAAAUGAGCAAAGGGGACUUUCUUUUUCUGAUUAGCACACUUUUUGGUAAUCCCAAAGGCCCUCUGGGCCACAGUGCAGGAAAGAAUGAUUUUUAAGAAAAUUGCUUUUUAAAAAUCCCUACAGAUGGCCUUGCCCUGCAAUUAGGGUAAAAGAGUCAUAGAAAUGUGCCCCUCCCCUGCCUUUCUUCCUCUACAGCCCACGUAUCCUGGAGAAACAAAGUGGCUGAAGAGAAGGAGCAGAAAACUGAAGCCCAUUUGCAGGAUGCAGAAUAUGAUGGAAAAUAAUUGAGAUCUACCUUUGUUUUUCAGUACAUCUGCUUGCUCCCCCUAGAGGAGAGAAGGAGCAACAGCAGCAGAAUGUGCUGCCUGCCAGGAUUAAGGAGUAGGGGGAAGAAGCAUCACUAGCCCAGCAAAAGCUAUCUUUUUGGGGGAGAAAGGUGAACUUCCACCUUAAGUAACAAUGGAUAUUAUAUAAAUAUAUAUAAAUAUAUUACAAAAAAAGCCAAAAUUUUUAUUUUUAUGCAUUUAGAAUAUUUUAAAUAGUUCAAUAUUAAAAAGUCGUAAGAGUUGUAAGUAAUCUUGCCAAAGGGAAAGGAAGGUUAGCUGUAAGAAAUUGUAUAUAAGAUUGAUUUAUCAUUGAUUCCUAUAUAAAGUAACCAGAAAAAAAGAGGUUAGAGGGUAUGACGAAGGGGAUUCCUAAUUUGUUCUAUAGCAUACCUUGUAAGUAGCACAUUGCAACCACAAUCAUGAGUCGUGACCAAUAAAGUUCCUAGGUGGUAGUAUUCAAUAAAGACAAUGAAAGAGCAGUAUUGUCCUGGCUUUCAAAUUACUGCAAAAUUCUAUUGGAUCUAAAUUACAUAUAAAUUACAUACACACAUGUAUAUGUAUAGACAUGUAUGUUAUACCCAUAUACAUGUAUACAUAUAUACACAAAUAUAGUCUGUAUUUUCUAUAUUGAUGCUCUUUCCUUGUGUUGAUCCUUCCCAAUUUUGACUCUCCCAGGCCAGUUACAGAGUCAACCACACGACAGUGUGGCUGGGGCCUUGUUUUAGCAGGUGGGCCUCUGACCUCAGCUGUACUUGCUGGUUUUCUUCUCCAUCUUUGAUGAAUAUUUGGGGAAGUGAGAGAUCCUGCUUCCUUUAGCUUUUCAUGGUUUUUAGUUUGGUUUUCCCUUAUCUGUUUGGAUUAUUGAAAAACUCAUCAGCUAUACCUGGUGGACCCCUGGUAACACAAAAUCCCAUCUCAUUUAAUUUUACUUUUAAACGUUGGCCUUACAAUCAAAUGUAAGUUACACAGACACACACACACACACACACACACACACACACACACAUAUAUAUAUAUUUGUACUGAUGACAGUUUAUAAUCUGAUUUAACAGAAAUAAAUGUUGGUGGUAAGAAGCUGUUGCCAGUGGGAUUGUUCUUUCCCCAUUUCUGCUCUAACAAUGUCUAUCUGUUCUUCUUCUGUUUUCUUUUCUGGAUGAUUAUGUCCCGAACCUUGCAAAAUCCAUAAACUCUCAUGUUGCUGUGGGGAAAAAAAUGUUUUACUGGGUACCGUUUAUAUAUCCACUAUUUGUUUUGAUUCAUAACUAAGUAAACAUGGGCCAGUCCUAGA